AUGCGCAUCUCCAGAUUCGCACCCUUAAUCGUGGCCGUCACGCAGGUGGUUGACGCCUCCACCCCGCUCAACAUCACGGCUCUGUCGACGCGCGACGGCUACUCCGUCAUUGAAUGCUGGCAACUCACCUCGGUUCCCGUCGAAGCCCGCGCGGCUCUCAACUACGCCGUCGGCGGCGACCUGACGAGCGCGGAGUGGUCCAUCAUCCAUCCCAGGACGACGGUUGGGGAGGCGUGGGCGCCGGCUGUGCAGCUGACGGUCAUCCUCAAUGGCCUGAUUCGCAUCACCUCGCCAGCAGCGCCAACGAACGCGUCGCAGGCCACGCCGUCACCGUCAUCACCGGGCAGCGACGCAUCAGCAUCUCAACCACGCCCGGCGCAGUCGACGGCGUACAUCCAGCCGGGGACGGUCUCUUCGUCACUCGUCAUUGCGGCGGACCUGAAGAACGCGAGCGUGCACGCGGGGCACUUUACCGAGUUUCCCGGCGACGAGCCGACGGUGCUGGUGCAGGUGCCGUUUGCCGGGAACGCGGCCCCGGAGCACGUCGUCGUGGGAGAGGGGCCGUGUGGCAGGGGGACUUGGGCGUUCUAA